GCUAGUUAUAAAUAAACUUAAGGCUAGAUAAUUCUAACGAAAUGAUUAAAAAAAAAUUGAAAAUAUGUUUCAAGUUUGGACGACGAAUCACACACACAACAGACAGCGAGAGUAGUUAACAGGGAAACUACUCCAUAAAAAAAUAUAUUUGUUUAGUUUAAAAAAAAAUUAUAUAUCCAAGAUGGAUUUAAAAUCAAUCAAGCAAAUAACUUUUAAUGAAUUCUAGGUUUCUUUCCUUUACUGGUUUCCUAUUCAUCCAUGGAAAUUGGUGUUAAUUUAUUGAAGAAAUCCAUCAUUUUUGUAAUAAAUUUUACACGGUCAAAAACAUUAAUAUCUUCGGGGAUGAAUAUGAAUUUUAUAGUCCUAUUGGCUAAGAAACAAUUUGCAAAAAAAACUUAUGGUUGAUAAUGUCCAAAAUGACAAUUUUGACUUAUUUUAUAUUAUUUAUGUUAUCUUAAAAUAACCAAUGUUUAAACAAAACUUAAGGAAAACUUGUGGAAAUCUAUCGUCGUGGGACAUCAGUCUAGAUAGUAAAUAAGUGUAUAUUGUUGCCGUUUCAUUGACAAAUAAUUGUAACUUAAGAUAAUAUUAUGACAAGAUAGUUAACUCGUCAUUGACCCCCCCCUCUUUGUUUGUCGUCUUGUUUUGUAAGAAAACAACGAAAAAUGGGAGACGGUUCAUAUAAUCUUCAGUUAAAUUCUCCAGUCUUGGUUUUUGUCGGUUGAAGCACCGGUUGGGCAACUCAACCUCGGGAAAAAUGUUUUUCUCUCUCUUUCUACCUUUCCAGUUUAGCUACCGUCAGUCAAUAUAGUUUUUAAUCUACUCUAAAAUGCUAACCCCUGAAAGUGCAAGGCACGAUGGUUACGAAACAAGUGACACUUUCAGCGAUGGAGGUAUAUCCGAUGCUGAAAGCAGUAUACCAGAGAUGGAAGCUCGAAAAUUACCACUUACACCUGGAAGAAAUGCCCGAAAAAAAUCAGUCAUGCCAGGACUUCACUCAUUGUCAAAGACAGAUGUAGAUGAUAAUAGAAGUGAUAUUACCGACUUAGAUGAUCAUUCUCCUGGAAAUUCCAUAACAUCAGUUAAUUCUAUAUCAAGCCUUCUUAAGGAGAAACUUCUGAUGACGUUCCCAAGAGCUUUAAAACGAAGAAAAAAACCAAAAGAAUAUAAAUUGAGAGUCUUCGUAACUAUGUUAUUUUUUGCAAUAGUGUUUCUAGUUACUUUUGCACAUAUAUUUUAUCAUCAGCAAGUGUUGCAAAGAGCAUAUUUUGAAAAGAUACGCUUUAAUAAGGAGGAACGAAUUGUGCGUUUGUAUAAUAACGAAGGUGUAGAAAUUGCAUUAGGUUAUUUAGGAGUAGAUUUACGAGGAGAUGACAGAGUUCACCAGUGCUUGCCUCAAGACCAGAAAAAGGACAUAGUGUGCUUGGAAUGGAUGCAUCGAGCAAGGCUUUAUUUGAGUUACAGUCAAAUGGAGAUCAAGGGACAAAAAGGUGAUUUUAGAUGUUACAGGUUUACGUGGGAAAGUCUUCACCCAAACACCCAGCUUACUGACUGUUUUGAGAACGGCAAACAACACGGUCAUUGGUAUGGAGGUGGAAGAACAUUGGGGAUGGCUUGGCCAGUUGAACUUGGACAAGUGGAAAUGUCUGCAUUUGUGACUGGUCAUAUUGGCAGACACAGAUGGGGAAGUGUGUUGAAGCGAUAUUUCAUAAAUUCUCGGGGUGUUGCGAUUUCUGUCGAUUCAGAAACUCCACUUUAUGUUUCAAUUAAUGCUGAAAGAGAAACACGUCUCUGCCUCCAGGCAAGGCAAGAUGAUUUUGCAUAUGUAACACACAAAGGAUUACCUAAAUUAAACUAUUCUGUGUGCACUUCGAGUAAUAUGAAACUUCUCCACUCAUUCUUAUCAGAGAAAUCUCUAUGGGAUGGAUUGACAAAGUCUGACGCUGAAGCAAUAAACUCACUUGUUUACGAGCCUGUUUGGCAAAUUGCGCCAAGAGACAAACUUCUUUUGACACAAUCGGCUAUUGCGAAUUAUACCGACUCAGUUAAUGAUCUUGGCUUUUUACGACAAGGAUAUGUUUUGUUGAACGAACAUUGGCAAGUGCAUGUUGGGGAUUUGACUCUAGAUAAGGAACGUUUCCCUACUAUGGAAGAGACAAUUGAUAUUAUUCAUAGAAGAGGUUUUCGUAUAGCUCUUACAAUCCAACCUUUUAUAUCAACUGAAAGUAAGAAUUUUGCAGUUGCUGUUGAAAAGGGAUUGCUGAUUACAGAAAGAGGAUCAGAACAAUUAAGAAAAGUACCAGCUUUAACACGGUAUAAAUCAGUUUCGAGUGCCGGGAUGCUUGAUGUUACAAACAAUGAAACAAUACCAUGGAUGCACGCACAGCUAACAGAUUUGUUGGAGAAAUACAAAGUUGACUCAUUUUACCUUGACAUGGGGACUGCAUAUGAUAUGCCACAAUAUUAUCAGUUAAAACAAAAUUUGACAAACCCAGAUCUCUACAAGACACUUUUUACAAACAAAAUGAGCAAUAGAAUAAGAGUGCUUGGUGUUUCGGGGGCGAUAUCACGGCCACCUGCGCCAGUUUUUGUUUCUUUACCUACUCUUUCAUCAACCUGGGAAUCAUUGCAAGUGAUUAUCCCAACAAUACUCACAUACGGAAUCGUCGGAUAUCCAUUUUUAAUGCCUGGCCCGGUAGGUGGAGACUACCUACCAUCAUAUGAUCAAGAUGGAUCUAAUAUUACAUUUCGUGGGCUGGGAAUUGGAGAUCAUAAAGUAUCAGAUUCACAUCUUCCCAACAAAGAAUUAUAUAUACGCUGGCUUCAGUUGGCAACAUUCUUGCCUGUGAUCAGAUAUUCUCAUCUUCCAAGUGAUUAUGUCUCUGAUAAUCAGGUGCUUGAACAAGCCAAAGUUCUAACUGCUUUAAGGUUGCAAACAGUCAAUCCACUUCUUAAUAAAUUGAUUUUAGAAGCUCUGAAUACAGGUGUGCCAUUGAUUCGUCCUCUGUGGAUGCUGGAUCCUUCUGAUUCAGCAUGCCAUCUGGUAGUAGAUGAAUUUUCGGUUGGGGAUGAACUCAUAGUGGCGCCGAUUUUGAGUAAAGGCACUUUUGAAAGAGAAGUCUAUUUGCCCGCUGGUGUCUGGAAAGAUGGAAUUGAUGGAAGCCUAAGAAAAGGUUCAAGAUGGCUUCAUUCUUACAAAGUCCCUGGUGACAAAAUUGCUUAUUUUGUCAAAAUGCCAGACAAUACACGUUUUUAAAA